AUGGACGAUCACGAGCUUCAAAAUCAGCCUCCAAUGGAGGAUCCUGCUUCUCAAACUUUUAAGCUUUGUAUAAAGAUCAAGAUUCCCAAUAACAUCACCUCAUCCACCACGGAACCUGGUGGAGAAGAAGGAGCAGGAGGAGGAGAAGGCGGCAGCAGCUCUGGCAGCAUCCAGGCAGGCCAACCUGGAUAUCGUGUCUGUGAGUUUUGUGGCAAGAAGUUUUCUUCUGGCAAGGCAUGGGGUGGGCACAAACGACAUCAUCUCAAGAUCAUGAAGAAUAAUAGUGAAAGAACCCAAGAAGAAGCAUCGAAUAUAAAGAUGAAGAAACACAAACAUGGAGGCUCCAAGCGGUGCAAUACCGUCAAAGCAGGUGAUGUGACGAUUGAUAGUAGUGGAAAACCAAUUUGUUGUUUAUGUGGAAAGAUUUUUCUUUCAACGAGUUCCUUGUUUAGGCAUAUGAGAUACCAUCCUGAUAGAGACUUGAAAGUGAUUCAACCUCCUCCUGCUGCUCCAGGCUCUCCAAAAGAUCAGAUCGAUCCGGCCGCGGAGAUGGGUUCACAAAGCAGUAUUGAUUUACUUUGUUCUUUAUCUGGAACCUGGCACAAGAAAGGCAAGCGAGGAAUAUGCAUAUCUGACUCGAUACCUGAAGCAGCUUAUGGUCUGUUGACAUUAUCUCGCGACAUUGGUCUGGCCACCCCACUAGCAUACGGUCAUGGACAUGGAUCUGAGACCAGUGGGCUUGCAACAAAAUCCUUGGGAAAGACCAUUAGGUCUGAAAUUGGAUCUGGGUCUGGGUCAGGGUCUGAUCACAGGUCUAAAAAAGAUGAAUACAUUGUGAAUUACAGUGAAGAAAUUUGUGGAUUGGUCAAUAAGAAGAAAAGGAAAAUGAGCUAUAUAAGCAAGAUGAAAAAUUCAGAAACGGAGCAUCGUGAAUUCAAAUGCAGCUCCUGUGGUAAAUCUUUCCCAACUUUUCAGCCACUGGGAGGUCAUAGAUCAUCAUGCCCUUGCAAGAAUAAGAGCAAUGAACAUGUGAGAGAAUCUGCAUUGAUAGAUGAUGAUGCCUUUGCGUCCCAGGAAAUUCCUGCUUCAGAAACUGAUGAAGAAACAGGAGAGAUUGGAGACGACGAACCAGACCCAGUAGCGUCAACCGAAACUUCCUUUCAUUGUGAUAUUUGUAGCAAAACAUUCCCUACAGGUCAGGCACUUGGUGGCCACAAGAGAAGCCACUGGAAAGCACCAGCUAAACCUCUAUCAAAUAAAGUAGUUUCGGGAGAAGCAAGUAAUAAUGUUGCUUCUAGCGAAGCAUCACCAGGAGAAGCAGAAGCUACUAAGGCAGGUGAGCCGUUGUUAGGCAUUGAUCUAAACAAGCCUUAUUUGAUUCAGGGAGAAGAAGAGGAUGCUUUUUAG